CGAAGCGCGCCGGCAGCCCCAGCGGCGCUCGCUCCCCCCGCGCCUCUCGCCGCCCCGAGGGGGCCCGCUGCGCGCGGCUGGGGGCGGCCAGGCGAGAGGGCCGCGCCUCGCCCCCGCCCGAGCCCCUCCGCCCGGACGCGCCGCCGAGAGCCGAGGCGAGGCGGGCGCCUGGCUCCGGCGGAGGAGACGAUGAGCAGCGCCCACAGCGACCCGGAGCCCAGCCCGGCCGAGCCCAGCCUGCAGGAGGAAGAGGUACGGACGCUCUUUGUCAGUGGUUUGCCUUUGGACAUCAAACCCCGGGAACUGUAUCUGUUGUUCAGACCUUUCAAGGGAUAUGAAGGCUCUCUUAUAAAACUCACAUCUAAGCAGCCUGUGGGCUUUGUGAGUUUUGACAGUCGCUCCGAAGCGGAAGCUGCUAAGAACGCUUUGAAUGGAAUUCGCUUUGACCCAGAAAUCCCUCAGACACUCCGGCUAGAGUUCGCUAAGGCCAACACGAAGAUGGCUAAGAGCAAAUUAGUGGGAACGCCAAAUCCAAGCGCUCCAGCUGCCCCCAACACUGUACCUCAGUUCAUUACCAGGGACCCAUAUGAGCUCACAGUGCCUGCACUUUACCCCAGUAGCCCUGAAGUGUGGGCGCCGUACCCUCUCUACCCAGCGGAGUUAGCACCUGCUCUACCUCCGCCUGCUUUCACCUACCCCGCUUCACUGCAUGCCCAGAUGCGCUGGCUCCCUCCCUCCGAGGCUGCUUCUCAGGGCUGGAAGUCCCGUCAGUUCUGCUGAAUCCUGUGUACCAGGUGUGUGAUGGCGGCUACAAUCUGUCUUGUGGGUAUUAAAGUGUUCUUCCUAAGUCGCACCCAGUAUCUUAACCUCAAUCUGCAAAAAUUCAGUGUGAUGGGCUUGAACAACCUCGCACAAGUUUGGAUUCCUUCAAGACUUUGCCACAGCCUCUAUCACACAUCUGCUCUCCUAGAAGUAAAAUGAAAAUAAUACUGAGUAUAAUAAUAUUUUCUUUUUCUACACUGUAUAAAAUUGUAAGGCAGAGAGUGUGUGACUUCUGAGAUACGGUUGGCGAACAUCUGCUUUUAAACGGUGUUUUCAAACAGCGACAAAGAACAAGUAUUUUUAUACUAAACUUUGCAAGAGGAAAGAUCUGACACUGGGCUGAUCACUGAUUUAUGUGCUUGACUUUGGAAUGCCUGUAAUUAAGACUCGCCACCCACUCUUUUUACGGUGCAUGUUUAAGGCAUGUUUUUAAAACCCUGUUCAGAUUCUUAAAUGUACUGUUGAAAUGUAUAGACAUGUUGGUCAUCCUGGCUUGGAGUCCAGAAUGAAUUAAUGUGUGUUGAACAUAUUAAAUGUUCCUGUGACAUAUUUUAAAUUUUUCCAGUUGUGCCAAACUAUAUUGAGCAAGACAAUCAAUCUUUUUCUAACUUGGGGAUUUGUAACAGCUUACCACACAGCUUGAUUGUAUUAGCAGAGUCCGACAGCUGGUUUUAUGUUCCUCAUGUGAUUGUAUACUUCUUGGGUACACAGUUGCAUGUUCAUGUGAAAUAGGAGAAGAUGGGUACAUGGGAACACCUAGAGCAAUUUCAGUAUUAUCACAGCUUGGGGGGAAAUGCUGCCACGAUACUGGAAGCAGGUGUGGCUUUUCUUUACCUGUCACUUCCGUUUAUACAAAAUACGUGAUUGCCAGCUGGCAAAUUGAGAUCCAGACUUGUAAGCCAGAGCUAUGCAGGGAAUAGUCUUCUGUAAAGCAAGUUCAUAAUCCUCCCCCAAGUUCUUUUGGUUUUAAAAGAAAAAAGGUUUUUAAAAAGAGAAAGGGCUCUUGUCCGUAGGUAUGUAUUUGGUGUGGAUUUAGCAUAUAGGGAGAAUUCACUGCAGUAACUGCUUGAACCUUUUUAGUGGCAUUGAGAGGGCAGACGGAGCAUUGAUCAGCAAAGUACACGUGGUGGCAACACAGGUGGAUGUGGCUUCCAGUGAAUGCUUACACACACACACACACACACACACCCCUGCAGUGGUUUGUUACAAAAGUUUUCAGAGGAACCCCCAAAACAGAUGUAGGAUAGUUGUCCUGUGACAAAUGUCAUGGGAGCUGUGUGCAAAGUUUUGGAUCUAUAAUAGAUGGUGCCAGACACACAAAAAACAACCUGUUGUCUUGACUGGGCGCCCUGCAUUCAUGACAUACAAAGUACAUGUGGGAUGCAGGAGCACGCCUGCCCUUCUGCACCUUGUGAAGGAAGCCAUAACUAAGCGCCAAGCUACAAGUGACGCCUGACCCAGGUUGGACACUUGUCAGCUUCCCUCAAGUUUUGAUGGGACAUGUAGUUUUACAGCUUGGCUCUCCAUUACAGCUGCAAGACCAGGACGCCUACAUUUCCCAUCAAAACUUGAGGGAAGCUGACAAGUGUCCAACCUGUGUCAGGCGUCACUUGUAGCUUGGCUCUGAGGCAGCAGAGGCAUGUGCUAAGCGCUGGGUCCCCGAUGCUCUUGCAGGGGUACAAAGGGGGCUGGAAUUCAGCUCUUGAACUGCAGCUGCUGUGGGCUUUGUGCCUCAAGAGCUACUGAAAGGGAUUCUGGGAUGCUGCUGUCCUAUUGGAGGGCGAUUGACUGAUGGGCCAAGGAACUGCUUCAGUCAUUUCCAGAGUCUAGUGGGGACUGGUCCCCAUCACAUUGGCCUGAUCCAUGCCACCAUUUUCAGGGGUCAGAGAUGGCUGGAAUAACUGGCUGGAGCCUUCUCUCCUCUGCUCAGGCGACAAAGUCAGUCACAGGAUUUCCAUGCUACUUUCCAAGUGGCUUUAUGUAUAUCUGAGUCAGUAAUGGCAUCACUGGGAGUUAAGCUACAAGAGACGAAUUACACGAGGAUGCUUACGUGCAGGGAGUCGCAAUGUUAGCCGGGAAGCUGAGUUUUAAAAGACAGAUCGGAAGGCUUUGUCCGUUUCCCCUCUCUGCAGAGCCCCGGAGAUCCUGGCUCAGAAGAUCUGUUUAUUUCUUCUUUGCCUCUUAAAAGGGGAAGUGAAACUGACAGAGCCUUCCGGGGGCAAAGAGGAAAUUAACAGCCCCUCUGAGCUGCCAUCUCCCUGGCUCUGUAGAGAGGGGAAAUGAACAAAGCCUUCCAAUCUCUUUUAAAACUCAGCUUCCCGGCUAACUUUGUGACUCCCUUCACGUGCUCCUCCUCCUUGUGUAAUUUGUCUCUUGUAGUUUGGCUCUAAAUCACCCCUUCCCUCAAGACCAAAGAAAUAAACAGCAUUUAUGCAUCUACGGUUUUUGAUCUAAAAACUACUGUGAAUCAGUUCCUGAAACUUCCCCGGCAGGCCUAUGUGUUGCCUGCUGUUUCUUUUCCUGGUUGCCAUCCACAAUGCUCUUGCUGAAACUUUUGCACCUUGAAAGCUGCGUGAAUUUGUGGGGAAGUUGGACUCGUAAGAAGUUGAAGUAUCACAACUUCUCCACCUGCUUCUCUCCUCUUAGGAGUCACCAGCAACAGUAUCCUUAAUGGGCCCAUUCUAAUAGUUAAUGACAGUUAAUGACUUUCUCCAGUAUAAAAAUAAUUUUAACUCUGUUGCUAUUGCUGGUUAAGGACACAUCAGUCUGUUUUUCUGUGUGACGAAAUGGUCGUUGCCUAGUUCUAGGGAGAAUGCGGAGAUGGGGGGAGGCAGGUCUCUGGAGCCAGCGGGUUCAGCUUUCCACACCUUUGUAUGAUAAGCUUUACCUGGUUUAUCGUACCUCUUGCAUACACCGAGGUCUGGCUUCCCUUGCCCUACUGCCAUCCGUUCUCUCCCGUAAGAAUACUGGUAGAUCGCGCUGUCCUGACCUGUUUCACGAAGAGCCCAACAUGGUUAAACAUGUACUAAGAGGCUUCUUUGCCAAGGAUUGCUGCUGAUGCUCGGUCGAGAGUGUACGUGAUUUCCUUGUCUUUUAAUGAGAUUACAGCAUUGUGUAUGGAAAUAACUGUUAAGAAAUCAAAAUUUGCAAGAGAUGGAGCAAUAAGAUGAUCCAUGAAACAAACGUAUGAGUGGAGAGCAAAAUUUAAAUCUUGACUAGAGGUGUUUUGAACAACUGUAAAAAGACUGGGAGGAGAAAAUGUGCAGCAGAAAAUGUUGAUCCCCCCCCCCCCCCCAUACCUGUAUCCUCUUCUGUUGGCAGUAGCUGAAAUAGGAGGGGCUUCGCCUUUGUCUACUCUGGGUUUUUUCAAAAUAUGUUCAAAAGGUACUUUUCUAAUGUAAUUUUCUAAAAAUAAAACAAUUAUAACUUGCAUCC